UGGAGUUUCGUGGUCUUCUGAAUUUGUCGCCUCCUUCACGCUUCUUGUCCUCUUCCAUUGAUCGCUGCUUACCAACUUUUCUUUUUCUCUUAACAUUAUUUUCUGAAAGAGACACUUUCACUCUCUCUGUCAAACACCUUCCAUUAAUGGAGAGAAAAGCUUUGAUAGUGUGCUGCGUUGUUGGCUUUCUGGGACUGUUGGCGGCUGCAACUAGCUUCGCUGCUGAAGCGACAAGGAUUAAGGCUUCUCAAGUUCAUUUUGUUUCUAUCAACCAGUGCACGUAUCCUCGAAGUCCUGCACUGGCUCUGGGUUUAAUUGCGGCUCUGGCUCUUAUGGUAUCUCAGAUAAUCAUAAAUGUUGCAACUGGGUGUGUUUGUUGCAGAAGAAGUUCCCAAAUCCCAGAUUCUAACUGGAAGGUGGCACUGGCUUGCUUUGUUUUAUCAUGGUUUACAUUUGUGAUUGGUUUUCUGCUGUUACUUACUGGUGCUGCACUGAAUGAUCAACGUGGUGAAGAGAGUGUGUACUUCGGUUACUACUACUGCUAUGUGGUGAAACCUGGAGUGUUUGCAGGGGGUGCAAUUUUAUCUCUUGCAAGUGCUGCAUUUGGAAUUGUGUAUUACAUUUCCCUAACUGAGAAAAAGAAUGGUAUCCAAUACCCAUACCCUAACCAAGGGGUCAUAGCCAUGGCACAACCACAGAUCCCAUCUCAGACUAAUCAAGAUCCAGUCUUUGUGCAUGAAGACACCUAUGUUAGAAGACAGUUCACAUGAUUGGUGCAUUCAUGUGUGGAAGCUCCUUCUACUGCUUUAACUAAAACCCUUGUUCUAAUAUUUAGGGUUUGUAUGUGCAUAUGCAUCACUUUUGAGAGGGAAAUUGUGCUUUUGGCUGUGUUUAUAAUUGGAUUUGUUAGAACUCUUUAGUAGGUGAUGCAUUUGGAGUAGCUUUGGAUAUCAUGCUUAAAGAUACAUUUAUAUAACCUAAAACAUAACGUAAAGAUACAUUUGAAGGGCGUUAGAAUC